AUGAAAUCAUUAAUUCAUGAGUUAAUAUUGAUUUUGUUAACAAUAUUCUAUUAUAAAGAACAGCAAGUUCAUUUUAAUGGACAAUUGGAAACAUUAGAAAAAGAAAAAGAAGGACUGUUAGGUUAUUUUAUUAGCAUGGUUGUCCCAGAUGCUUCCUGUGAUAACGAUGCGGCGAAAACUUUUACUACACAAGUUAAAAAUGCUAUACAAAGAAAUUUAAUGUCUAAUGGACAAAAGAUAAUUUAUGAUGUUAUACAAAUACAUCAAAAUUUAAAUCGUCAGUCUAUCCAACAUAUUUGUGAUGGUAAAUUAGCUUCAGCUGGUGAUGAAUGGUUAUAUCGUUACAUUGAUCAACCAACAGAAAUAAUAAUGGAAGAAUUCCAUUCAUUAUGGACUGAUGUAGAGAAAUCAAUUAAUCAUCAGUUAGAAAGAGAAAAAUCAACGUGGACAAAGGUAUUAAAUGAGUUUUUUGUCCGUAUGGAUUUGAUGAUGGAGGCUGUGAAAAUAAAAGGCGCUGCCGCACAAUAUAUUGAUGAUAUUUUUAAUACAACGGGAGGUAAAGCAGAAGAAAAUUUGAAAAAUAAAGGUCAAUGUAUGGUCAUUCUGUUAUAUUCUUACCUUUCUGGAAACGAUACACCAACAUCUUAUACAGUGUUUGACAAACAAUAUGCUUUAAAAGACGACGGUUUAAAAUUGUUUGGAAAACUGAAGAGACCAACUCCGGCUCUGGCUACUCUUAUCGACACCAUGACAAAUAAUGAUCAAACUACAGAUGGCCAAAAAUCAAAAGGAACUUCGAUGCGGAUUGCUUCAAUAAAAAAUUUGUCUGCUUUUCUAAAUAGUAUAUCAACGGUCAAAGUUCAAAUCGAACAAGAAUUUAGCGAUAUAGAAGUUAAUUUUAAAAAUUUUGAUAAAGAACAAUAUUACGUUAAAUUAAAAGAUAAAGCACGUGGUUGUGUCGAAAAAUGUCCAUGUUGCAAAAGACCGUGUGAUGCUGAUCAUAGUUCAAUAAAAGCUAAUGCAGGUGGUGAAGACAAUAAGCAUCAUUGUCAAACUGGUCAUCAGUUACGAGCAAUGGCCGGUUUUAAAUUUGAAAUAUCGAAUGAAGCAUCAUUAAUUCAGUGUGAACAAAUGACGGAUGAAAAAUUUAUUGUAGUUAAAGGUACAAGAAAAAAAUGGACUGAAUUCAAGAAAGAUUAUCCGGAUUGGGACUUUAACAAAUCAAUUUCACAAGAUAAAAAUGAAUUACAAAGAUUGCGCAGUAAAUUUUUGCAUGUAUGGGGGAAAAUUGGUCAACGCUUAUGUGGUAAGUAUGACAUGGUAUAUGUAAAGCAAAAUACGGAGCCAAUAUUACCAAAACCAACGCAUUACAUAUUGUUAUUGGACGGUUCUGGCUCAAUGGGAAUAAAUAAUGCUUGGACUCAUUUAUUGCAAGGUGUUAAAGAGUUUAUUAAAAUUCGAAUUGAUUCUGGUACAACUGACCGUAUAACAAUUAUUGUAUUUGAUGAUAAAGCAACAUAUGCUUUUUUUAACGAAGACUUGAAAAAUGUUGAUUUAUCAAAUAUGAAUUUUCCCAGGGGCAGGACGGAUUUUGAGAAUGCAUUUCAAGCGGUUGUUAACACAAUCGAAAAUUUGAAAAAUGAGAAGACGCCGUUAGAUUAUAUGAUUAUAUUUAUGAGUGAUGGUCAAGCGCCGUAUCCAGCUAAACAACUUGAGACUCUUUUAACAAUGAAAGAUCGAAUUAAUCAGUUCUGGACUGUUGCGCUUGGAAAAGCUGAAAUUCAAGUUUUAGAAGAUAUAAAUAAAGAAAUGGAUGGUACAUUCAAAGAUAUUAAAGACUCAGUCGAUUUAGUUCAAGCGUAUGCUGAAAUUGCACACAAUUAA